ACUCCAUUCACUCUCACAUCCUCAUUGGUGCUGAAAGAUCAAAACAACCACCAAAAUGAUGCCUAAACCACUGCUCCUCCUGGCUGCUGUGACUCUCUGCUGCUGCAUCACGACUCUGCACGCUAUUCCCAGGCGUGGGUGUCGCUGCAUGCGGACGACCUCUCAAGGCAUCCCUGUUCGGGCCAUCAGGAAAAUUGAGGUGAUCCCUAUUUCAGGACACUGCCGCCAGACUGAAAUCAUAAUCACCAGGAAGAACAAUCACAAAGUCUGCAUUAAUCCAGAGGCGAAGUGGGUCAACGAGCUUCUCAGGAAUUUGCAAAAGAAAAACGGGGCCUCCGACAUAACAAAUCAGUCAACCACUGCUUCCACCCUUAACUUCUAAUGGCAUUGUGUGGUAACAUUUGACAUAGAAAUGGCUUCAUUUAAGUUUGUCAAGCUGUGAAUUCACCGUAGGAGGAAUUGUACACCUUCAGUUUGUAGUUUUCUUCUAAAGAUUGGCCUUUCUACUGUUAUCCUUUGAAAAAAUGACAAUAAUUACACAAAAAUAUUGUCUUAGUGCUUCCUUACAUGCUUGAAGUAUUAACAUUUAAUAAUAAUACUCUUUAACUGUGCUGUUUUACUUUUUUUCAAGUGUGUGAUGUAUUAAGUUGUUAAACAGGCAAAAAAACAUUAUUGCACCAUUGAUACGCAGAUUCUACUUUGAAAUUUAACUGUAAAAAUGUGUUGAUGUUGCCGUUUUAUUAUCGAACACCACGAAAAUGUAAAAGCCGAUCAUUCCAAAAAAAUAAAAAGUCAUCACGCGAUGCACAAGUUCUUUGUAACUAUGAUGGUCUGCAAUUCUUUCCAGUAAAUUUGACGUCAGUCCAGUCCUGCUGUCGAUGACAUUAUAGAUGGCGCUGUUAUCUCCGGCAAGCUUGUGUUGUGUCCGUGACUUGAGUUUUCGCAAAGAAAUAAAGCACAGACAAAAAGACUCUUCAAAAGUGACAUGUUUAUU